GGCAUACCACAACCCAUCGGGCCAGCGGAGGCGAAACCUAGUGUUGAGGAGAAAGAGAGCAGAGUUCACGAGGCUCACGGACCUCGUGAGCUAUAGAUAGAUAGAUAUAUCGAUAGAUAGAUACACAGAGAGAGAGAGAGAGAGAGAGAGAGAGAGAGAGAGAGAGAGAGAGAGAGAGAGAGAGAGAGAGAGAGCAGGACCAAUGGCACCUGGAAGAGACACGGACACGAGAGAGAGGAGGGGAUCGCAGGCAGGUGAUGACAUCAUGCCGCUGAAUCUCUCACAUUCUCUUCAUAUGAUGUAUCCGCCCCCGGGAGAAGAAGAAGAUGUGAACGAGGAAGAGGAGGAGGAAGAGGGUGACGAAGAAGAAAAGGAUUACGACGAAGAAGUUGAAGACGAAGGGGAUGAGGAUGAACAACAACACAAUGCAGCAACUGAACAAGAUCGCACACGAGCAGAGAAGUUCGCAAUGGCAUUGCAGUAUCUCGCCGAGGUACACACAUCCCAAGAUGUGCUCUUUGAGAUGAAGUACGAUUUCGAUUUUCACGGACAGGGAUGGGCUGUACAGCCGACGCAAAAUGGAUUGUAUUUGUAUCGGUACCUGCCCAGAGCGUGUAAUUACGAAGUCAUGGGCUUAUGCAUCUUCUUCGCCCAGACGACGAGAGUGGAAGCAGGGCAAGAAGUGAGCAUAUGCAAUGUGUGGAUCGACAGGAAUCGGGUCAUCACUAGAUAUGCGGUACAGAAGGACUUCCAACCAGAAGCAUAUCACGAUCCGAAAAACGUCAUCAGUCAGCGGCUCAAAGCGCAGCCAGACCGGGUGGGGGCUUCAGGGGGAGGGAAAGCACAGUCCGCGCAAAAGGGGGAUGCAACGGCGAUCGACACUCGGAUGGCGGCGGCGGAUCACAGCUGUAGAAGCAGAGUUGCCGAAAGUGCGACCGAGGAGAGGGUAGACGACGUCCGCCAUGACGAUGGAAGAAGAGACGGAAAGCGGGAGGGCGACGACGACGACGACCGUCCACCUUGUGACGAGGUUGAAGGGAGCCGCAAAGGAGGAUGGUCUGGAGAAGAGAUCGAAGUUAUCUUUUAUGACAGUCUCUGCUCCUACGUCUGCUUCUACUUCGCGGUUUUCAUGGAAUCACGCCUGGCUGCUCGGGGGGCUCAAACUCCGGUGUCUUCUCAGGUGCAAUUGGGGGAGCCCUCCUGGUCCGCUGGUGGCGGGCAACAACUUCAGGGUCCCUCUGUUCGGCAGCCCUCUCUCCUUCUCAAUGCCAAUAUGGUUGCGCCUAAGCGAGCCCCUGCAAUGUCCCCUGGGCAGGUGCAGCAAGGCUCUUUGCAGAGGAGGGAAAAGGAAAGUGGCAGAAUGCGGCCUGCUAGACCUGCAGUGGCGAGCCCUGGGUCAGACCACCAGUCUCCAGGGCGGCCGAGCAAGAGAGCUAAGGGAGGAAAAGGGGGUGCUGGGGGUAAAGGGAAGUCUGCUACCGUUCCUUUUACUGCGGCUCUUGAUCUCGUGCCUCCUGCAUCUGAUCGGACAACAUUGCCGAAAAUGGAAAGUGCGUUGGUGCAUCCACAUCCGAAGAAAUUAGGCGAUGAGUCGAUCAGCCUUCCCAUGUCUUGUAUGACGAGGCCACCGGUUGAUACUCCAGAUGGCAGACGCUCCAGGGAGAUAAGAGAGCCCGGAGAGUACCAAGUCAGGGUCCUCAUGACCUCUAUGAAAAGGGCGCCUUGUGGGGACCAUCUCCCGUUCGUUGGUAUGAUUGACCCUUCUCAGUGCACAGCUGUAGAUCAGGUUGACAAGCAGAAACUCAGAGAAGGGGGUUAUACUGUGUGGAUCCUUGGUGGUGGCCAUUCUCGAGAAGCCCGCAGUAGGCUGAUGCUCAAACACCCCACCGUGGAUUUUUACAAAAGAUACACAUGCUACGUGUAUGUCGGCCUCACUGUGGAAGAGGCGAUUCUCGUCGGGCACGAGCACAACCGUGCUGCAGGGUUUCACAAGCAACUCACAUUUGUUCAAAGAAUGCGUUGUUGGAGGCAGACUUUUGAGAAGUUGGGCUGUGACAAGACUCUGGAGGUCAAGAAGGCUUGCUUGGAGACUUUUGCGGAUAUGCCAUAUAAGCCCUGGCUUAUGAUGGCUGCACUUGACGACGUCGUCGUCAUCCCUGUCCUCACCGAGGUUAAGAGUGGAAUUUUGUCCCUUGAUGAGAUGGCGGAGAAGUUCAAGAUCCUCAAAACUCGUCAAAGGACAGCAGCCGCUUUUAUGAAGGAGGUGGGGGUAGAAAGCUGGGAGAAAGCCAAAGAGGAGUUCCCAGUUCACGCACAAGAGGCGAUGCUAUCCCAGUACUAUGGCCUGUUUGACAAGAAUAUCAAAGGGACCCCGCGUCCUAUGCAGCUGUAUGCGGCCAAGGCCCUUAACUACAGGGAUAAGAUUUCCCAGCACGAGCAGCACGCAGCUCGAACACAAGAUCCUGAGGGGUUGCUUGCUGACUGGGUUUCGUUUGAGGGGGAAGGCUACAAGGGGAGUGUUAAGGUGAUGCAUUGUGACAUGCUUCAGCUGAGUGACAAAUUGGAGGAUAGGCUGCCGUUCACUCUAUGCAUCUUCGACUUCCCUUGUGGAUAUGAUGCCGAUGGCUCUGCUCACGAUGCGGAGCGCUUCACGAAGCCUCAGAUUGAGGCGUCCGUGGAGAACUUCAAGAAGAUCACCUAUUCUCCUUCCUGGGUGCUUGCAGGCUUCUGCUCUACUGACAUGCUCAGCGAUGUCACAUCUGUGUUUUCUGCUGCAUGCAAUGCUGGGGUGGAGGUGGGUGUUUGGGUUGCUCCCAAUGUUGCUUCUCCUGGUGGGCUCAAGUUCACUAACUGUUGGCAGCACUAUGUUCUUGCCUUUCACAAUGACAGCGGAACUAGGGAACCCCUGCAGUUUCAAUUCAAUAAUGCUGACUCAAGGUUGAAUUGCUGGAGUCACAAUGCAGUGACCAAGAAGUAUGUCUUUGCUGCAGACAACGAGAUCCUUUGUCCGUACCAGAAACCUGUCACGCUGUAUGAGUGGCUCAUCACCAAGUUCUCUGACCCGAAUGACUCGUAUAUUGUAGAUGCAUUCUCUAGGUCAGGGACUGGGGUUGUUGCAGGGCUUCUCUGCAAAAGGAAUGUCUUGGCUGUGGAGGUUGAUCUGCGUUGUGUGAGGGGGAUCAGGGCCAUGCUAGCAGGGAGGGACUUCCAAGAGAGUGCAAAGCAGGAAAAGGAGAGCCCCAGCCGGACAGUCGCAGAAGGCUGGAGACAUGCUUAGUCUGUUUGCACAGUCUGGUUUUCAUUUCUAUGCUUGUCUUCAGAUGUUCCAUUGCAUUUCAUGC